CGGAGGUAGAAGCUGCAGCUAGUCGGUAGUAUCCAGGCCGUCAUUGCGAGACGGCAGGAGGGUCGGAUGCAUUGAAUGGAGGACCCGGGAGCUCGAUGUUGCUGCACUCUGGUGAACCGAGGAGUUGUUCGUCACUUGGAGUUUCUGAUGGAGGAGGUGGGAUUGGGAGGAUGCCGUGGACGCCGCUGGCAACGAUGGGUCAUUACUCCGAACGCCAUCGGCAGCAGGAACGAGGUCAGCAGCAGCAGCCCCGGGCUCAUCAUCGGCAGCAGGGAAGAGCUAAAGGAGGGGAGGCGGAGGAAGGGAGUGGGGAGUGCGGCGGCGCAUCAUUUGCUGCUGAGGGCCAGGGUGGUGCGCGCCACCAUGAGGGAGACAACAACAGCGAUCACGAGGAUGACAGCAGGUCACCGUGUCUGGCAGUGCGGGAAACGAUGACGGCGGCAACGGAAGUGGAAGGAGAAGGAGAGGGGGAAGGGGGCGAGGGAGGGGGGGGGGAUUCCUCUGGAGGCUCCGCCGAGGCGGAGGGGGGGGCGGACGCAUCUUCGCGGACGGACGCCCUUCUCCGCGCAAGAUGUUGUGGGGUUCUUGGGCGAGGAAGAGGUGAAGAAUCUGCGGGACUCUCCCAUCAUCAACUGGCUGUGCCGGGAUCGGGAUUUGGCUUGACGUGGCUGGGGGCUCGCCGCAACGAGGGGGAAGUUCGGGAUCCCGGGAACGGGCAAUCGCAGCUGCGCAGGAGCAUCUCGACUCUGGGCCAGUCAUUGAGUCAAGGAGCAGAGGGAGGGUGGGUGGAAUGGGAGGAGGUGGAGGAGGAAGGGGAGGAGGAGGAGGAGGGGGAAGAGAUGGGGAGACAGCAGCAGCUCAUCUCGAUCAACAAAUCCAUAAUAAUAUUGAAGAGAUAUCCGGACGGCUUGGUGACGAAAACGAUUGCCGCAGCGGCAGCAGCAGCAGGGGGACAGGUAAGCAUCAUCCCUUCCUCUCUGUUGCCUUCUUCGGCAGCAAGUGGCACAAUGUCGUCUGCUUUGACUGGUGCUGCACCUGCCACUGAUAUUAGCAAGAUAGCAAUCACAGCAACGAAUCGCUCCCCGGCUUCGCUGCAGCGGAGCGAUCAAGAUGCAUUCCCAGGCGAUAACAAUAUCGUGCUUCUUCGAGGUGGGGUGGCUCGAGAGGGAAGAGGAGGAGGAGGAGGAGUGGAAGGGGGAGGAGGAGGGGCAGUGUUGUUGUCAACGAGUUCGGACAAGGCUCAGCUUGGAGCGGUGACGAGAGAUUUCCUUGGGAUCGGACGAAACGACAAAAGGGUAUUUCCCCCUUUGUCCCCAACGCAGCUGGCCGAUCUGGCUGUGAUAGAGAGCAUAAGAGGGGGGCUCAAUAGGAGUAGGAGUAGGGAAGGUGGGAAUGGGAGCGAUCCGAGGGCGGUUUUCAUGAUGACUGCUGCUGGCGUUCCCACCACAUCUGUGAUGACUCAGUACCACGUGGAGCACAUUGAGUGGGUUUUGCAUGCACUAAAGGAUGCGGGGUUCAAAGUGGCCUUGGAGAAAAGCGAGUUCUUCUUGUCGGAGAUCUCAUUCUUGGGGUACAUCAUCACGGUCGAUGGACUAAAACCGGAUCCGAGGAAGGUGGCAGCAGUUCAAGAAGCCCCGGCGCCGGUUACACUCACCCAGGUUUGGGCUUUUCUAGGGUUGGCAUCCUAUUAUCGACGCUUCAUCAAGGGGUUCGUCGGUAUAGCGAAGCCCCUCACGAACCUGCUGAAGAAAGAGGAACAGCUGAUCUGGAAGUCGGAAUGCGAAGUGGCAUUUCACGCGUUGAAGGAGGAUCUGACAUCUGCUCCUGUGUUGGCGCGCCCAGACCCAACGAGACCGUUCGCACUGUACACCGACUGGCAGCCUCAGGCGAUAUCGGCGGUGCUGACUCAGCACAGGAAGGACGGAAGGGAGGACGUCAUUGAGUACGCGUCCAAGAAGCUGAGCCAGGCACAGGCUUAUUACGAAGCGUGCAAAGGUGAAUGCCUGGCGGUGGUGUGGGGGAUCCAACAUUUCCGACCGUAUUUUUAUGGCCAAAAAAUUGUGCUGGUAACGGAUCAUCAGCCGCUGUUGUCCCUACGCAACAACACGGACUACACGGGGACGCUGGGCAGGUGGGCGGUGCAUCUGCAAGACUAUGACUUCUACAUCCGCCACCGUGCCACGCGGCAGCAUGGUAACGCCGAUGGAUUAGCGCGCCUUCUGCCGCCCAACAAGUGUCCCACCAACGAGCAACUCAUUCCGUGGAGGCCAGAAGUCGUGGCGAUGAAACCGCACUACGGGGAGCUACACGUGUUGUGUAAGGACGACGCCUGAGUCCGGAAUGGAGGUUUCAUCGGAGAUGGCCGACACUA